ACCACGGAUUUUUUCCAGGAAUUGCAAUCCAUCUUUUAAGCUAGAAUGAGCGCUGACAUCUGGGGCCAGUUGCUCCCCAGAAUUCAUUGACUCUCCACUGUGCGAAGAAUACUCCGGUCGACAAUAGGCGAGCAUGGAAUUGGGCAACUGGACGCAGGCUGUGCAGAUUGACGGUGGUUUUGUUAUGGCCCAGGUCACACAGAGGCUCUACGAGGGCGGUAACUUGCGUCCUGAUGAGUACUAUAAAAUAGUACCAAGCCUUGGAAGGAUGAAAUAUAAAAAUGACUUCAAUCUGUCGCAGCAGAAGAUCAUUGAGUCUUGCGAUCGCGAUUUUGACAUCAGGGACGUAGCAGCAGGGUUCGAUAUCAGCAUGCAUUGGGUUCUCCAGAAGAAUACAUGCGGCCUGAAACCCACAGACGAUAUAUACAGAUAUCUAAAUACCCUUGUUAAGAAAAGGAACGCGCUAUGUCAUUCAAACAAAUACUUUGACACUGAUGAGGACAUCAACGAAAAACUGGAUGAUCUUCUGUCUCUCUACAUGAAGAUUCUCAACUGCUUGGAGGACCGCUGCUUCAACAACCUGACAGAGGUUAAGAGACAAAUCAUUUCUUCAAUAGAGGAAAAGAAACACGAUCACGUUCGCAGCCCUUCGUUUCUAUCAAGCCCAGUGGAAAUGCGAGAAGUCGUUCCCUACAACCGCAGUAAACAGAAGGAAAACUCCGGAUGGGAAAAGGGCUUGGCUAUCGGCGGAGGAGUAGCUUUGGCGGGCGCGGCUGUAGUGGGUCUGGCGUCUCUCCUCUCCUCGGAAAAGAAGUCACGAGAGGGCCAGGGGAGAGAGCGUCAGAGGGCGAGCAACCGGACGAGUAGUAACGAAGAGUGUGUCAUGAUGUAAAGUUCGGUUCUGUGGCUUUGGUCGCGUUUCUGGAGUCUGUGAAUAGCAUGAAUUCUGCAUAAUGAGUCCCUCUAUAUAUGCAGAGAUUUUUUCGGGUGUGUAUGUGUGCGUGCUCAUGUAUGUGUACGUGUGAGUGUGUGUGUGUGUGUGUGUGUGUAUGUGUGUGUAUGUGUGUGUGUGUGUGUGUGUGGAGAGAGAGAGAGAGAGAGAGAGAGAGAGAGAGAGAGAGAGAGAGAGAGAGAGAGAGAGAGAGAGAGAGAGAGAGAGAGAGAUCAUGUUAUAUCAUUAAAUGCUGAGAUAUUUUAGUUGAUGUGCCAUAGAAUCACACAUCCCAAAACUUCUUAUAUGCCUAUAUACUUAUGCAUAAUAGUCAAUGGUGAUACAGGUGAUUAUAAUGUUAUACAUUAGUGUGAUGUAAUGCUGAGUAUAAAAAUGAUAGUGAUGCCAUUAUGUAUAUCUAUGGUAACAAUCAUAAUUCUACUAAUAUAUUAAUAAACAAUGCACACAUUUUACCUUGCCCGAGCUGAAAUGUUAAGCCAGGAAACUGAAUACAAAAACAUGCAAAUUUGUUUUAUCACAAUAAUAAGAUUACAUAUUACCUGGAACUGUACUGCUUUGUAUUCCAUUUAUAGUUAUAUAUACCUGUAUGUAACGAAUAAUUUCUGUUGUUAUGCUUCCAUAUAUCCUUCAAAUAAAGCUUAUGACCAGUUC